UUCAAUAUUUUGGGUUUGUUUUUCAAAAACUUUCAAAUGUUUACUGUGCCAAUUCUGUGAUAAACAAGAUGAAUUACACUCUACAGAUCCACGGCGAACGCUGCCUGUACCAGGUUCCGCCCGGACUAUACGAGCUGAUGAGUGACAUGUCCAGGGAGGUGCUGAGAGACAAGCCCGACCAGAUAUACAGGUACAUCGCCAACUACCUGGAAACUCUUUUGAAACUAAGGACGAACGUGAAGAAGGCUUGUGAGAUUGUGGAAGACGUGAUCGCAGACAACCAGGAACUCUUCGCCUUGGUGGAUGAGCUCGGAAUGACUUGGGAAGAGGCGAACAGUCACGCGCGUGUGUUGCAGAGAGCCUUGAGGAUGUACACGGCGAGGAAAACACUCAAGGAGAAGGUGCGGCUGGAGAAAGAAGAACUACUCAGAAAAACACCGAUUUUAGAACACUCUCCAAGCUUUAUUGAAUAUUUUGAGUCUUUGGGUAUUGAUUAUGACACCGCCAACAGAGCUUCUUUAGUCAUACAAAAUGCCUUUAAAACGUUCUUGGCGAGAAAAAAGUUGAAGGAAAUGAUUAGAGGUUCUACACACACUAUUGACAUGAUAGCACCACCCAUGGAUGUGUCUUUGGUGCUUGAGAAACCAACUAGAAGAAAUUCUAAGUUGCUAGUGUAUGAAGAGUCUACCACACCUUCGGUAAACUCUGGGUGGUUUAAACCAGAAUCUACGAAAGUGAAAAGUACACUGGUUUCGACUUCUUCUGGGUUGGUUAAGAAAGCCCCUUCUAAACUCGUGUAUGAAAAGUCUCCAAAGCCGUCGGUGGACACGGUUUGGCUCGGCGCUCAGAGGACAUUGACGGGUGUAUCCCGUGAUGUCAGAACUCUAACUCAGAAGUCCUCCAAGAAAACUCUAGACCGAAAAAUGUCAGACAGCCCAUUGCAACAGUCAGUCUCACCAAGGGUAGAAACGAGGAUACCGUCGUAUUUCGACACAGAACAAGCCAGGGUUCCGAUGAUCUCAGAUACUGGACAGCUGGAACAAGACAUAGUCACUUUGUUUUCCACAGACACGAUGAAAGUAUCAAGAAGUUUCAUCGGGUCUGUGUCCUCUCGUGCGAAAGGAGUGGAUAACGUCCCCUCUCUUAAAAAUUUAGGGAAGAAACCAUCCAAGACAGACGAGGAAACGGCUAAAGAACUGUUCAGCAUGAUCGGAAGUACUUCAAGUAAGAAAAGAUCCUUUGGGUCUAAUACUGAGGAAGGUAAUUAUCCGAAAUUUUCAUUGUUGGCUCCAGUUGAAGGGGACUCUCCAAGUCUGAAAUCAGACGAUGUGAAGGCUCAUUCCAGAACUUCCUUUCAAGAUUCUCAAAGGACUGAUACUAUCCAGACCACUUCAACGAUCCAUGCAAGGACGUCAUCGAGAAUCGCGAAACUACGGAUGAAACUUUCUCAGGACUACAAGUCACUGGACCAAACAUGAAAAUGUUAUAAUUUAGUAGAUAUGUUUCAACUUGCUACCAUCCUUA